AUGGCGUUAAACAGUUAUAAGACUUUCAUUCAAGAGGAGCAGCAGCAACAACAAAAACACCAGCAGCCAGUGGGUCUGGAUGUGACUAGCGACACCAAGUCGAUCGGGAGCUUGAGCCAGCGUCUCUUCGAGAGCGACGAGGAGGACGAGGGGAUGGUCACUGCACUGGACGAGAUUGUCGAGCCGAGUGCCACGCUUACGUGUAAUGGCUACUCGGUAUCUCAGCCGGGCAGCAAGUCGAACCUAUUGUUGUGCAGCGAGUGUGACCAGAGAAGCCGAACUUGCGCCGUCAGGCCUCGUACACCAAGUGCUGUGACUGGACGCUACGUCGAGGAGCGAUUCCAUCAUGCCUGUGAUCGCCGCCAGCAGCAUCAUUACCACCAUCGGGCCCAACUCGAGCGUGAAAGCUCGGAGGAUUCGCCAGCGUGCGCCCACUGCGAAGAGCCGAGCCGUCGACUGGCAUCGUCCCAACCCCGGCAGCAACCUCGGUGUCCCCACUGCGAGCUCUCGGAGACGGACGAGGGCGACCUCAUCUGCUUCAGCUGCCAAGCCGAGCUGUGCUGUCCCCACUGCGAGCACGCGGUCACCUCGACCACCGACGACGACGAGGCCCCUGCCGCUCUUGUCCCUCCCACGGCCCCUACCGCUCCGGCCAAGGCCCAUCACCCGGUGGACGCUAACGUGCGCAUACACCUGAACAACCGCUCGCUCGAGGAGGAGUCGGACGAGACGACCACGACCACCACGACUACGGCCGAGAUCGAGGCGGGAACACUGGGCCCGAGGCUGGCUACCAUCGUCGAGGUGAAGGGUGACACGACUGCGAGCGAGAACGACGACGAGGGCAACGCCUCGGGGAGGGUCGUCAAUGGGGCAUCCUCACCGACCCGGCCGCAGCCCUCGCCCCACCGACAGCAGGAGCAAAAGUCGAGCAGGUUCCUCGGCUACACGAUAGUCCUGUUCGCGUGAGUGGGACGGGCAUUUUAACGGCUCGUCAUCGAUUUAUCGCAGCCAAUAAUUUUCGGUGUGGGUCGCGUGUAACCGUGUCAAUGUUUUAACGAGCAGCCGAAUUUGUACUUUUUAAUACGAAAGUAGAAACCACGUAGCUUUUUCAGAUGUUUCGAGUCCAACAACCACCAGCAGACUCUACGAGUUGUACGUGCAUGAAAUUAUUAUUAUUA